CCUACACAUCCAUCUGUAUCCAUUUAUCCCCACCUCUCUGGUUGUAGUACAAUUCAACGCCUCUAACAAGCCUUGCAACAAUAUAUGGCACAAACACCGAUGGACACCAUCAUAUUUUCCGCCAUUGUCUUCAUCUUGCUUUUCGUGACCACGACGGCUCAAGCCAGUGGAUCUGGUGGUGCCAAGCCCAAGGCGACUGACCUCAUGAUAGAAGCGUGCAAGAACGCCACAUUAAACAACGCAUAUGCGGAUCCUGUCAAAGAGGAAUUCUGUUUGACGACCCUCCAGUCAGACAAUCGAAGCACUAAGGCUAAGGACCUCCGCGACUUGCUGCAAGUCACCGUCGACAUCCUUAGGGGUCGAGUCACUACUACCAGCAGCAAGGUCAAAAAAAUGUUGGAAAACACCAAGAAGGGCACGGUGCCAAUGCGCGUCCUCGGUUUGUGUGAGGUGGAUUAUGACACCAUGGUGAGCGUCAUCAACAUAUGUGAUGCCAUUAUCAGGGAUUACCAACGUGACGAGGGCAGGCAAUGGUCCAAAGAGCUACUCCUUUGGAUGGAUAUGGCACGUGAUCAUGUCAACGAGUGCAUCUCCGAGCUUGUUGACAUGCCUGCGGUGGGGGUUCUUGUCAAUGCAAACAAUGAAUUGGGCAUGCUGGUUAAACUGAACGCCGCCUUGGUAGCAGCUCGUAUGUUUCCCGAGUAAUAGGAUGUUUGUGUUUAUAUGGGAGAAAAUAUGUCGAUGAGAAAUAAAUUGUACUAUUAAUAGUUAUUACAAUAAAUAUAAUAAUAAAUGUGUCGUGGCAUCAA